CAGGUCAUCCACGAUUCCAGUUCUGCCCAGGGUGCUUUGCGCUCUCCACCAUCGCAUCAAGUUCCGGCGACCCUCGCGACCACCAGGCAUUCGCGACAAGUCAACUUCCCCAUCUCGCGUACGCUACGAAUCACAGGAUCGAUAAGCGACAUCACCACACCAUCACGUCCCCAUUGCACACUCGUAGUGCUUUCAACAUCGUCCCGAACCGGCCGCCAAUGUGUUCCAGCUAAGCAUCCUACUUCGCCAGAGGCCUGAUGGCUUCAUCCGUGGUAGCGCCUGCGCCAGUGUCGGCCGACGAGUCCAGUGCAACUGCUGCCAACAGGCCAGCCUCGAUCGCGCCGCGCAAGUUCAAGGCGUCAGAUCUGCCGUUGACCUCGGCCACGAGGUCCGCGAUCGAGAGUCUUGCCCACAGCUUCAAGAAGAAGGGCGGCUAUGAUGCAAUUCGCAAGGAAGUGUGGGAGAAGUUCGAGGCCAGCGAUUUCGAAGCAGAGAUCAAGAAGUCAAUCUUGCAAGUCGCCGAGAAGGAAGUCGAACGAAACCCAUCACAGCUCCUAACCCUCAACCAGCGCAAGGCGGCCGCGCUGAUUGACGGCGCACUCGUAUUCUCGGGCAUCUACCAAAAUGCCGAGGCUGUGAUUGGACAGCUCAUCGACGACAAAGCCAUCGAGGCACGGAUACGACAACUGCGUGCCGCAGAGAUUGGCGAAGAGGCCGCGGAAGACGAGCGCGUACGUGGCUCCAAGACAGACGAGGACUAUGCCGCAGAGUCUACCGCCCGCUUGAACGAGCGUGAACGUGUCAGACGUGAGCUCAGGGAGAAAGAAGAACAGAUCCUUGAGGAGAAACGCAAGAUCGAGCGAGAGGAGCAGAAACAGCGCGACCGCGAGGCAGAAAAAGCCGAAAUUAAGCGUAAAGAAGAGCGUGAUGCGCGCCGUCGCGAGCGAGAAAGAAAGGAAGAGGAACGCGAGGAGCAGAGGAAGAAGGAGAGAGAAGAACGCCGCCGGGCUCGCGAAGAGCGGGAGCGUGAACGGGAAAAGGAGCGCGAACUCGAACGCAGCCGACGAAGCUCAAGAUCCAGGGAUAGAUCACAUCGCCAUGACCGGGACCGGAGUCGGCGCCGCGACAGCCGCGACAGAAGCCGACAUCGCCAUGACAGUAGGCGCCCUGACAGCAGAGAUCGGCGCCGCCGGAGCGAUCGAUCACGGGAGGAUGAUGGCAGUCGCAGGCGAGAGACGAGCAGGAAGCAGCUCUCAAAGGAGGAUAUCGAACGGCUCGAGCAGGAAGCCUUGGCUGACCUGCUGCGCGAAAGCACAAAGACUGACGCCGUCAAGGAGCCCGAAGAAGAGGAAGAUGCUGACGAGAAGCUGCCACCGCCUCCACCUAGGCGAACGAAGCCCGCUUCUGCUAUUCAGCCUAUCCGUCGCGAGUCUUCCAAGGCUUCUGAAUCCAAGAAGACACAAGUACCUGUGAAAACGGACUCGAAGGACUCAGCGCGAGAUGUGUCGAAGGAUGCGAGCGACCGUCAGGAGAGCAAGCUUGCCAAGCCCGCAGAGCCAACGCCCAGCAAGGAACCAAAGAUUGCAGUCAAACUCAAGUCUCAGGAUUUGACGGCGUCUACGACCGCACCUCAGCCAGCAAAAGUAGCGUCUAAGGUUGCAGCUGUCCAGGGUGGGACGACAAAAGAACGGAGAGACCGCAGUGCCUCCCGUCACACUAGACCCGAGCGCGGCAGGACUAGGAGCAUCUCGCGAUCACGUCCAGAGCGGAAAGAUCGCAGCCGUUCCCGUGCACGAGAUGACAGGGACCGCAGUCGGGACCGUGACAGAGACCGAGAGAGGGAACGGGAGCGUGACCGGGAUCGCGACCGGGAUCGCGACCGUGAUAGAGAUCGGGAUCGUGAACGGGACAGGGAUCGCGACCGGCCCGUCAUCCAGACGGAUUGCUACAGACCAAACGAGCAACUCAGGUCACCUGUUCGCAAUGCUCGAGACGGCAAAGCAGACCGGAGUCGGUCCAGAGGAAGGGCUGAGCGCAGCAGAUCGAGAGGCCGCUAUAAGCCAGCCGAGACACGAACAGCAGCACGCAGCAGGUCGCGCAGGAGAGACGACCACCGAGAUGACAGAUCCCGCUCGCCCCGUCCGAGGGCGGCAGAGCGCCGCGACAGGAGCCGGUCCACUACAGCACGAAGAGACAGGGGUCGCGACGAUAGAAGGGACGACAGAAGGGACUACAGACGACAGAGUCGUUCACGCUCGCGGCGAAGAGGUGGAGUCUCGUCCACGACUGAGCUCAACGACGCUGAGACGUGGAAGCAAGGCGAGAUCAAGAAACGCGAGCAGGAAGCCAAGGCUUAUUUGGCCGCACAGCGAGAAGCUCGGGAAAAAGGUCUUCCCAUUCCCGGCAUCGACGACAAGAGACCUGCUGGGGACGACCACGAUAGGCGAGGAGGCUCACCAGAUGUCAAGCGCCGGGGUCUUGGUGAGGACAUUGAUCGAUACCGCCCUGGAGAGCGGGACGCAGAUCGCGCUGCAGACCGGGACAGGGACAGAGACAGGGAGCGAGACCGGGACCGGGACCGGGAGCGUGACAGAGAACGGGACAGGGAGCGGCGGGCACCACCACCACCACCGCCUCGCGACCGUAGUGCUGAGUCGCGAAAAGAUCGUGACCGUCGUCCGGCGGCUGCAUUGCGAGAUCGGAGUACAGAGUCACGACGUGACGGAAACAGGCGCGACAGGAGCACGGAAUCUCGGCGGGACCGUGACCGGACGGAGCGGCGAGAUCGCGACCACCGUGAUGCUGAGAGGGACAGGGUCCGAGAUGACCGCCGCGAACGUCGGCGCAGCCGUACACGAAGUCCAGCAGUUCGGCGGCGCUCGCGUUCUCGGUCACGGGACAGGGAGAGCCGAACAUAUCGGCCCCGUGAUGAUCGAGACCGUGACCGGGACCGGGACCGAGACGACCGCGAUAGGGCUCGAGACCGGGACCGGGACCGGGAUAGAGAGAGGGAUCGCAGCAGGGACCGCGAAAGAGAUAGGCGGUCGCGCCGCGAUAGGAGCACGGAUUCCCGGCGUGAUACUCAUCGUCGCGACAGGAGCCGGAGCCGCAGACGGAGCAGAAGCCCAAGGUAGAGCCAAGGGCGGCUCCCAAGCCAUCUACGCGACGCACGGGAUCUUUCAGCAGCAACGAGGACGGUGUUGCCAGGAGCGCCGGCUACCACCGAGUCAGUCAGUAGUAGGAAGCAGGUUUACGUUCCGCCGUAUUCCUUGCUCAGGCGGACUGCUGUGCGUGCGGUCGAGGCACACAGAGCCGCACAUCGGUCUAUGUAUCCAUUUAGUAAUCAGAUGCCAUGACAUCCUUUUGAGUGAUGACCAGGGGCUGUUGCAGACAAGAGAAUUGGCAUUGAAAAGCCCGUGCAUCGAGUGCGAGGACGUCUUCGUGCAUUUUCCAGAGGAAGACGGUAUCUCAUGCCUUCAAGUAGGCUAGAUAUACAUGUACAAUGGCAUUGUCAGAAAGAGCAUACUUGAAAGACGCAUAAAUCACACAGUUUGUCACGCAA